UUUCCCAUCUCUUCUUGCUAGCAACCCCUCCUGUCAGGACGCUUUCGGCGGGUUCCGUUAAAAUGGCUGUUGUUACUGAGAGUGGAAACCCAGAGCAAGAACAAUCGUAGUGGGUACAACUGCAUCCAGUAGUAUCGCUGGUGUCUGAUAAGGAAAAUAAAAUAGACUAACGCAAUGGCUGCCCUAGAUCAAAAGUCCCCCAACGUCCUUCUUCAAAGUCUCUGCUGCAGGAUCACUGGAAAGAGCGAAGCUGAAGUAGCCCACCAGUUUCAGUAUGCUGUGAGAGUCGUCGGGAGUAACUAUGCUCCCACCAUUGAGAGGGAUGAGUUCCUAGUGUCAGAGAAGAUCAAAAAAGAAUUGCUGAAGCAGAGGAGAGAGGGCGACGCUGCCCUGUUCUCUGAGCUCCACAGAAAGCUGCAGACUCAGGGGGUGCUGAAACACAGGUGGUCCGUCUUAUACCUGCUGCUCAGUCUCUGUGAGGACCCCAGGAAACCGUCCAGGGUUGGCAGCUAUGGGGCGCUGUUUGCCCAGGCCCUCCCCCGGGACGCCCACUCCACCCCGUUCUACUGCACCCGGCCCGGGAGCCUGCCCCUCAGCUACCCCGAGCGCUCGGGGCCCGGGGCCGCCCAGAUCUCCACCAGCAUGGGCACCAGUGGCAUCAGCAGCCUGGGGGUGUACUCCCUCAACGGGCCCACACCCACCCCUCAGCCCCUGCUGGCCGGGCACCCACCCCAGACAGCAGGGCAGCAGCUGGGCUCUCGGCUGGCGUGGGCUCUCCCCAACACCUCCGCCCUGGCACCUACCUCACGGGCCCCACUCGGCCCCCCAGCCCUGUCCACCCGGGCCCCCAGGCCACGCCGCGACGGGGACCCCACUGCGGAGGUUGGUGAGGCUGCGCUGGUCCGAGACAUCCUGUAUGUCUUCCAGGGGAUCGACGGCAAGUUCAUUAAGAUGAGCAACACAGACAACUGCUACAAGAUCGACUCCAAGGUGGUGCUCUGUAAGUCUCUGAGGGACACCAGUAGCCGAUUGGCUGAGCUGGGCUGGCUCCACAACAAGAUCAGGAAGUACACUGACUCUCGCAGCCUGGACCGAGCCUUCGGCCUGGUGGGACAGAGCUUCUGUGCCUCCCUGCAUCAGGAACUGAAAGAAUAUUACAGACUUCUGGCAGUGCUGCACUCACAGUUGCAGGUGGAGGAUGACCAGGGAGUGAACCUGGGAGUGGAGAACAGUCUGACCCUCAGACGUCUCCUAGUCUGGACCUACGACCCUAAACUCCGACAAACCCUGGCUGCCCUCGUCGACUUUUGCCAAGGGAGGAAGGGAGGUGAGCUGGCGUCAGCGGUCCAUGCCUAUGGGAAGACAGGGGACCCUCAGAUGAGAGCUCUGGUGCAGCACAUCCUCAGCCUGGUGUCACAUCCCAUCCUCAACUUCCUCUACCGCUGGAUCUACGACGGAGAGCUGGAGGACACCUACCACGAGUUCUUUGUGGCAUCUGACCCAACGGUGAAGACAGACAGACUGUGGCACGACAAGUACUCACUGAGGAAGUCCAUGAUACCCACCUUCAUCACCAUGGACCAGGCCCGCAAGGUUCUGCUCAUUGGAAAGUCCAUUAACUUCCUGCAUCAGGUGUGCCAUGACAGAACCUCACCAGGGAAAAUCACCCCGGCCUCCAAGUCUACAGACUCCCCCAAAGAUGCUGCAGAGCUGUUAUCAGACCUGGAGGGGGCGUUCCAGGGGAAGAUAGAUGCAGCCUACUUUGAGACCAGCAAGUACCUGCUGAACGUCCUCAACCAGAACUACCUGCUGCUGGAGCACCUGCAGGCCAUGAGACGAUACCUGCUGCUGGGCCAGGGAGACUUCAUACGCCACCUCAUGGACCUGCUCAAACCAGAGCUGGCCCGCCCAGCCACCACUCUGUACCAACACAACCUGACAGGCAUCCUGGAGACGGCCGUGAGGGCCACUAACGCUCAGUAUGACAACGCUGAGAUCCUCAAGAGACUGGACGUACGCCUGCUGGAGGUGUCUCCCGGGGAUACGGGCUGGGACGUCUUCAGUUUAGACUACCACGUAGAGGGACCUAUCGCCACGGUGUUCACGCGGGAGUGCAUGAGCCACUACCUGCGGGUGUUCAACUUCCUGUGGCGAGCCAAGCGUAUGGAGUACAUCCUCACCGACAUCUGGAAGGGACAGAUGUGCAACGCCAAGCUGCUCAAGAGCAUGCCAGAGCUGUCUGGCGUGCUGCACCAGUGCCACAUCCUGGCCAAUGAGAUGGUCCACUUCAUCCACCAGAUGCAGUACUACAUCACCUUCGAGGUGCUGGAGUGUUGUUGGGAUGAGCUGUGGAACAAGGUAGAGAAGGCCCAGGAUCUAGACCACAUCAUCGCUGCCCACGAAGGAUUCUUAGACUCUGUCAUCUCCCGCUGCCUAUUGGACACCAACAGCAGGUCCCUGUUGAACCAGCUGAGGGCCAUCUUUGACCAGAUCAUAGAGUUCCAGAGUGCCCAGGACUCUCUGUACCGCUCUGCCCUGGGGGAGCUCACCCUGCGGCUGCAGUAUGAGGAGCGGAAGAAGCAGAGGGAUGCUGAGGGUGAGUGGGGUGUGACGGCUGAACAGGAGGCAGAGGAGAACAGGAGGAUCCAGGAGUUCCAGGAGACCAUACCAAAAAUGCGCUCUCAGCUACGGAUACUAACACACUUCUACCAGGGCAUAGUGCAGCAGUUCCUGGUGCUGAUAAUGACCAGUCCAGACGAGAGCCUGCGCUUCCUCAGCUUCAGACUGGACUUCAACGAGCACUACCGGGCCAGAGACCCCCGUCUGAGGGCCUCACUGGGUGCCACCAGGGGCCGACGGCCCUCCAACAUAUGACCUGACGCACACCACCAUGUCACAACAUAGGGACAGAGCCACAUGAAAUCUGCCUUGAUAGUAUUUCUAUAUGACAUGUAGAUGACAUCACAAUAGGGCCAGACUAAAUCUGUUGUGAUGACAUCACAGUAGGGCUAGAUGGAAUCUGAUGACAUAAUAGAACCAGACAGAACAUUGACAUCACAAAGAGCCAGACAGAAUCUUUUGUGAUGACAUCAUAAUAGGGCCAGGUUCGAGAUAAUGCCACGUUCAAGACAACUGGGAACUCGGAAAAAAUCUAGCUCCAACUGGGGAAAAUCGUUUUGAACGGUCAUCCAACUC